AUGCAGGAAGCAUCUGUGGCAGCAGAUGAUAGCCUGCGGCCCGGCCCCGUGCCUGCGGAGGAGCCCGGAUCACCCGAUGGCGUGAGGGCGGUGGCGUCAGACAAGGCCGAGGAUGUCCCCGACGACAAGGAUUUUUUCAGCUGCAACAUUUGCUACGAGACGGCCGUGAACCCCGUGGUGACUCUGUGUGGCCACCUCUACUGCUGGCCGUGCCUGUACCGCUGGCUCCAGGUGCAGCGCCACUCCCACACCUGCCCCGUCUGCAAGGCAGGCGUGGACGAAAGCAAGGUGGUGCCCAUCUACGGCCGCGGCCGGGAGGGUGUGGACCCCCGCACCCAGACCCAGCCCCGCGAGCCUACCAAGGCCAUCCCCUCCAGACCCCUGGGCCAGCGCACACCCCCCGUGGUCCGUGCCGCGGCUGCCGAGGCCCAGCAGGCGCAGCACGGCAUGGGUCUCAUGCCCGCGCUCUUCGGCCUGCAGCCCGGGGCCGGGGGGGGCAGCGAGCCCCUGACCCAGGAGCAGCAGCACCAGGCCUUCCUGUCCCGCCUGCUCCUCAUGCUGGGCUCCUUUGUGAUCAUGUGCCUCCUUCUCUUUUGA